AUGGCAUUCUCAGACAGAGGCGGCAGAGGCGGCAGCAGAGGAGGUCGUGGUGGAUUCAGAGGGGCUUCCAGAGGAGGAGCCCGUGGCGGUUCGUUUGGCGGACGUGGCGGUUCUUUUGGAGGACGUGGUGGUGCCCGUGGUGGUAGAGGUGGAGCUCGUGGAGGACGUGGAGGAGCCCGUGGAGGAAGAGGCGGUGCUCGCGGAGGCAAAGGUGGUGCCGGCGCCAAGGUGAUAAUCGAACCACACAGACACGACGGAGUUUACAUUGCCAGAGGAAAGGAGGAUCUGCUUGUGACCAAGAACUUGGCAGCAGGAGAGUCUGUUUACGGUGAAAAGAGAAUAUCCGUCGACGAGCCAUCCAAGGACGAGUCCACCCCAGCAACCAAGGUGGAGUACAGAGUUUGGAAUCCAUUCAGAUCGAAGCUUGCUGCUGGUAUUAUGGGUGGUUUGGACGAGCUGUUCAUUGCUCCAGGCAAGAAAGUUCUCUAUUUGGGAGCAGCUUCCGGUACCUCUGUUUCGCACGUUGCUGACGUUGUCGGACCAGAAGGUGUUGUGUAUGCUGUUGAGUUUUCGCACAGACCAGGAAGAGAGCUGAUCGGUAUGGCCAAGAAGAGACCUAAUGUCAUUCCUAUCAUCGAGGACGCUAGACACCCGCAAAAAUACAGAAUGUUGAUUGGUAUGGUCGACGUUGUGUUUGCCGACGUUGCCCAACCGGACCAAGCCAGAAUUAUUGCUCUCAACUCGCAUCUGUUCCUCAAGGACAAGGGAGGAGUGGUGAUUUCCAUCAAGGCCAACUGUAUUGAUUCUACUGUUGAUGCAGAGACUGUUUUCGCUAGAGAGGUGCAAAAGCUCAGAGAGGAGAGAAUAAAGCCAUUGGAGCAACUUACUUUGGAGCCUUACGAGAGAGAUCACUGUAUUGUGGUUGGAAGAUACAUGAGAAGCGGAUUGUAA